AAAUUCUAUACCUACUCAUACUUUACACCCUCACCUGAUUAUUCUUCCAUCUGUUUUUAUCUGUAAUUUUUGAUUAUUUUGUUUCAUUUUGAACUUCGUUGAUUUCUAGGGUUUCUGUAACAAUUUGAUUAUCAAAUUCUGUUAAUCUUAUAAGAAUCAGUACUAAAUGAAGAAUGUGAGUUGAGAUUUUUGUUGUGAAUUUUUGAGAUUUUUUGGAGCUAAAAAAAUGGGGAUUUGCUAUUCUUCAAGUAAAGGGAAGAAGAGUGAGGAGAAGGAAUGUGAUAGUAAGAAUGAGAGUAGAAAAAUUGAUUUGAAGUUGAGGAAGAACAGUUCUUCUAAUGGUGAUUUUAGUACAUUUAUCAGUAAGUUGAGCAGCGGCGGAGGAGGCGGCGCCGGAGAAGGAGCUGAGGAGAGAGGGCUUCAACAGAUUCCGGGAAGGUUAAUUGGGAAUGGUGCUAGUAAUGUUGGUUGUUUAUAUACUCAGCAAGGAAAAAAAGGUAUCAAUCAAGAUGCCAUGAUCAUUUGGGAGAAUUAUUGUUCGAGAAGCGAUACAACCCUUUGUGGAGUAUUUGAUGGGCAUGGUCCUCAUGGUCAUAUGGUUGCAAGUAAAGUUCGAGAUUAUCUUCCAAUCUUGCUGCGAUCAGAGUGGGAAGGUAAAUCCUGUGGUGAUCAAAAUGCUGUAUCCAAGAAUGGAAAUACUAAUGGAGGCUUACAUUUUGAUGACAUCGUGGAUGAUGAUUUGGUUGAAUCAGUGGAAGCUGAGAACAAUGAAAAAUUCCCAGAAAUCCAUCUGCAAAUUAAGAGGUCACUAUUAAGGGCUUUUAGAUCAAUGGAUAAGGAACUGAAGUUACACCCCUCAAUUGACUGUUUCUGCAGCGGGUCAACUGCUGUUACUUUGGUAAUGCAGGGCCAGGAUAUAUUUGUUGGUAAUGUUGGUGAUUCGAGAGCAGUUUUGGCAACAAGAGAUAAAGACAACUCCUUAAUGGCUGUACAGUUGACAGUAGAUUUGAAGCCUAAUCUUCCAAGAGAAGCUGCUAGAAUCCAUAAAUGUAAAGGAAGGGUUUUUGCACUGCAAGAUGAGCCAGAGGUUGCACGUGUGUGGUUGCCCAACUGCGACUCUCCAGGUUUGGCAAUGGCCAGAGCCUUUGGUGAUUUUUGUCUCAAAGAUUUUGGGUUAAUUUCUGUGCCGGAUGUGUACUAUCACCACAUUACUGAAAGGGAUGAGUUUGUCCUCCUAGCAACUGAUGGGGUUUGGGAUGUCCUUUCUAAUAAGGAAGCUGUGGAUAUUGUGGCCUCCGCUCCAAGUCGUGCAACAGCUGGCCGAGCUCUUGUUGACUGUGCUACCAGAGCAUGGAGGCUAAAAUAUCCAACAUCAAAGAAUGACGACUGUGCUAUAGUAUGCCUUUACCUAAACUCAACACCUGUUCUUGAUGUCAAGGUGAUAGAAAGCCAAAAUAAGCUGACAAAUUCCCCUGAAGCUGAAAUUAAGACAAAUACUAAAAAUGGAAAUAAGCUGACAAAUUCCCCUGAAGUGGAAACUAAGCUGACAAAUUCCCCUGAUGUGGAAAUUAAGACAAAUACUAUAGAUAGAAAUGUUGGAAGAUCAGAUACUGAAGCUAUUUCAACUUCUCAGACUGCCGGUUGUGAAGAUCUCAGUACUCCCAAGGAUGACAGUGAGAUAGUUCCAGUCGUUGAGUCACUGGAAGAACAUCCGGAUAAGGGUGUUGGCCAGUCUAAGAGAAGUAUUGCCGAGUUCCUCUCAACUGCACAAGAUGAUGAAUGGUCGGCCCUCGAGGGAAUUACUAGAGUUAACAGUCUUCUUAGUCUUCCUAGAUUCUUGUCUGCUGAAAAAAGGUCUAACAGUUGGAGAAGAAAAUGGUUAUGAGACAUCAAUGCCUCGAUAUCAUUGGUGUUCCCUGUUGCUGUUGUCAAAAGAUUCUGUAAAUGAAACUUAUAGGUGUAGCUUUUCAGUUAAAUUGCCAAAUUAGAUGGACGAAUGACAUGAAGCUAUGUUGUUCAGACCCUCUAAAAAUGUUGCUGCAUCCGCAUUAACUCCUUCAAAAAUGGUAGCUUUUGGAGGACCCGACACAUCUGGACAGUACUUUUGAAAACUUGGAGCAACACAGGCCUAAAGUGACAGGUUGUUGAUGUUCUUGUGAACUGUCCAAGUUGUCAAUUCUUUUUUGGUAGGAAAAGUUGUAUUUGCUGCUUAAAUUUGUGUGCAAGGACAUGAAAGAGGGAUCGGUAGGAAAUGACUAGUAUUUGUUUGUGUAGUAUAUCUUUCCUUUUCCCUUUUAUCCAUCUUAUCUACUUCAAUUGAUUUCCUUUUGUUCAGCUAUGAGCUUCUGAUUCA